GCGGACGCUUCUUCUUCUCUCCUCCCCCUUCAGACCCCGCCGCUCCACUCCAUCUCUCUCUCUCUCUCUCUCUUUUCCUCUCUCUCUCCCUCUCCCUCUCCCCCUUUCUUAAAUUGACAUUGGUCUGGCUCGAAACAUGAUAACAAAAAAGCCUUCCUCUGCUCCGCGCUGUCGGGCUAUCCUCAACCCCGAUCACUUGAAACUCAAAUAAGGCAGGCGUAAAGAGGAGAAAAGGGGGAUCGCACAGUAUCCUGUCAGCGGGUGCUCAGAGGGAAUAACAAGAGACCUUUAUACCACGCGCACACCCUUGUAGCCUAUGUGCUCUUGCGCAUCGUAGAUCUUAGAAAAGUGCUCGUGUUCAACUACAGUGAAAGUUAACAUGUAUAUGCACGCUUUGAUACGCGCGAGCCUGGGAUUUGUAGGUUUCUGCCUGGUCGUCUUUGUCCAACAGUCAGCUUCAGGAAGUAAAACCACUCAAGAUGUGGACGAGUGUGCAGAGGCGCUUGACAACUGCAGCAUCGAUGCCAUCUGCCAGAACACCCUGAAGUCAUACAAAUGUAUCUGCAAGUCAGGCUAUAAAGGGGAUGGCAAACAUUGUGAAGAUGUCGACGAGUGUGCAACUGAGUACAAUGGCGGCUGUGUCCACGAGUGCAUUAACAUCCCAGGAAAUUACAGGUGCACAUGCUACGAUGGCUUCCGCUUGGCACAUGAUGGGCACAAUUGUCUAGAUGUGGAUGAGUGUUCAGAAGGCAACGGCGGAUGCCAACAGAUUUGUGUCAACAUGAUGGGCAGUUACGAGUGCCGCUGCAGAGAAGGAUUCCUUCUGAGUGACAACCAGCAUACCUGCAUCCAAAGGCCUAAAGUGCAACCAGAAGGCGCAAAGGAGGGACCCACCUGCAUGGACAAGAAUCACGGCUGUGCACACAUCUGUAGGGAAACACAGAAGGGUGGCAUCUCCUGCGAGUGUCGACCUGGAUUCCAGCUUACCCGUAACAUGAAGGACUGCAAAUUGACGUGUAACUAUGGUAAUGGGGGCUGCCAGCACAUCUGUGAGGAGACCGAUCACGGCCCCAAGUGUUCGUGCCACAUGAAGUUCGUCCUACACAGCGAUGGAAAGACUUGUGUAGGGGAGAGGAGUGUCCAGCCCCCGGCAGUCCCACAGCUGUUCCCCAAUGAGACCUGUGCAGUGAACAAUGGCGGCUGUGAUAGCACAUGUCAUGAUUCAGUGACAGGAGUCCGCUGCAGCUGUCCUGUUGGCUUCACUCUGCAGCCGGACCGCAAGACCUGCAAAGACAUUGAUGAGUGCCGCCUGAACAAUGGUGGCUGUGAUCAUGUGUGUCGAAACACAGUGGGCAGCUUUGAGUGCAGCUGCAAGAAAGGCUACAAGCUUCUGACCAAUGAGAGAACUUGUCAAGACAUUGACGAAUGCUCUUUUGACCGCGCCUGUGACCACUUUUGUGUCAACUCUGCCGGCAGUUUCCAGUGCCUUUGUCAUAAAGGCUACGUCCUCUACGGCCUGGCACACUGCGGAGAUAUUGAUGAAUGCAGUAUAAACCGUGGGGGCUGUAAAUAUGGCUGCAUCAACACUUUGGGGAGUUACGAGUGUACCUGUCCACCAGGGUACAAGCUGCACUGGAACAGGAAAGACUGUAUUGAGCUCGUGAAAUGUCCUCCUGGACUGGUUGCACCGAAAGCCACUCUGACCUGCAGCAAGACGGGCAAGAAAGAGAGCUGCUCUCUUACCUGUGCCUCUAAAGCUCACUACCUGGCAGAGUCUGACAACAGCUACUCAGUCAGCUGUGGCAUCCCCAUCCUCAGAGGAAAGUCCCCCACCAGGCUCAACUCCAGCAGCAGUCAGAGCUGCAUAGAGACUUUGGCCCCUCCAGUGAAGCAGACGGCUUCUUUCAAGAUUAAAAAUGCCAAAUGUCACCUGCACCCUAAACUGACUGGCAGGACGGAGGACAGGGGACGGACACUAGGACCAGGAGGGGGGCAGCCCUGCAGCAACUGCCUUGUAACAUUUGUCAACCUCAAAUGUGACUCCUCCAAGAAAACUAAAGGGCGGCGUGCUCGCAACCCCGCUAACAAAGAGGUAACACGCAUUACUUUGGAGCUGGAAGCCGAGGUCAAACCUGGAGACACGACAGGCAGCUGCAAUCUCAGCUGCCUCAGGCAGCGCAUGGAGAAGCAGGUUAAGACAUAUAUCAAGGCUUUGAAGAAGUCCAUCAACCAGGAGCGCUUCCUGAUCCGAGUCGCUGGUUUGGAAUAUGAGGUGGCUCAAAAACUUCCCCAGGCUGCUCCUGUUCAGGAGAACUGUGGCCCAGGCUGGGAGAGGGACAGUGGCCGAUGUGUCAGAUGUUUGUCGGGGUCUUACUACCAUGGUGAGCAGGAGCGCUGUGUCCAGUGUCCACCUGGCACUUUCCAGGAGAAGGAGGGGCAGCUGGCCUGUGACCUCUGCCCUGGCAGUGACGGCCAUGGGCCUGUCGGGGCUCGAAACAUCUCCUCCUGUGCAGGCCAGUGUCCAACAGGGUCAUUCUCCAGCGAUGGGUUCAAACCAUGUCAGCCGUGCCCUCAGGGUACCUACCAGCCAGAUUUGGGACGGACCCUGUGCUUCCCCUGUGGGGGAGGACUAAGCACCAAGCGGGAAGGUGCCAGCUCCUUCCAUGACUGUGAAGUCAAAGUUCAGUGCUCUCCAGGUCAUUACUACAACACGUCAGUACACCGGUGCAUCCGCUGCCCAGUGGGGACCUAUCAGACUGAGUUUAGACAGAACUACUGUAUUUCCUGCCCUGGGAACACCACCACUGAUUUUGAUGGUGCCACAAGUGUCUCACAGUGCAAGAACAGGCAAUGUGGUGGAGAGAUGGGCGAGUUCAUGGGUUAUAUUGAGUCACCUAACUAUCCCGGUAAUUACCCUGCUAAUGUGGAGUGUAUUUGGAACAUCAACCCACCCAGCAAGCGCAAGAUCCUAAUCGUGGUGCCAGAGAUUUUCCUGCCCUCAGAGGACGAGUGUGGAGAUGUGUUGGUUAUGAGGAAGAACUGGUCAGCUACAUCCAUCACCACCUAUGAGACAUGUCAGACGUACGAGCGGCCUAUCGCUUUCACAGCUCGCUCCAGACGUCUCUGGAUUAACUUCAAGUCCAAUGAGGCCAACAGCGCCAGGGGCUUUCAAAUCCCCUAUGUUACUUACGAUGAGGACUAUGAACAGCUUGUAGAGGACAUAGUGCGAGAUGGAAGACUCUACGCCUCAGAAAACCAUCAAGAAAUCCUCAAGGAUAAAAAACUGAUUAAGACUCUUUUUGAUGUGCUGGCUCACCCAAACAACUACUUUAAGUACACCACUCGGGAGUCCAACGAGAUGCUUCCUCGCUCCUUCAUACGUCUCAUAAGCAGCAAAGUCUCCGCUUUCCUCCGACCAUACAAGUAAAAGGUGACACAACUGCUGACACACCGGAUCGCAACCCCCUCCCACCUCCCCAACAUCCCCCUCCACCCUACAGGCCACAUCCCGCAACUCUCACAGGGCUUAAUCACACAAAACAUACUACCAUGUUUACCCUCUUAUUUUCCAUAGGCUUUGACAAGAAACACUAUGCAGACCUGAAAAAUACUGAACAUUAUAUGUGUUUUUAGGUUUUUCGUCAGUUUCCAUUCAGCACAGGUCUGCAGUCCCAAGCUCAAACAUUUAGUGGGGAUGUAGAGUAUGUGAGUGGGUUUGGUUUCUAUUGUGUUGUGCAACGAAACCACACACACACACACACACACACACAAAAAAAAACAAUAGAAACGCCUUUUUCCACACAGGAGUGACGUUUUUGUGUACGCGGUUUGAGCUUGAUAGAGCUUGUUAUUGUAUUUACUUAAAUGAGCGGUCUGCGUUCCAGCUCCAACUCCUACCAUUAAGUAUGACUGUUAAGUGUUGUGUAAGUGUUGUGUAACCCUGGUUCCAUCUUCAGUGUCUGUGUGCUGUCCUCAAGGAGGAGCAGUUGUUAAAUUCAUACCGCAGCUGUGUUCCAGGUCAUUUAAAGCCUUACUAUAUUUGAGCUCUUAGAGCAAUUUCCAAGAGUUUUACUGUUAAAACAGUUAAUCUAUGUUUUGUUCCGUCUGUCUAGACUGUACUAGCGUUUUCCAACCUUGAGAUAAUUUCUGUUGCUCUUUUUCAAACCAACUUAAAAUACAAAAAAAAGGGUGAUUUAUCAUUCCAAGAACAGAGUGAACAUUUGGGAGAUGAAAACAAACUAAUAAUUGUGAGAGCCACAGAAAUGAGAUAAUGUGAUGUCUAGUGGAACAUGUCUCGGUGAGAGAGAGAGUGAGUGAGAGAGAAAUGUCUUUGAGGGACAUUAUGUUUGCUGCUUCUUUUAAAAGGUCACUUUAAUUCUUCAAUCUCAUAUUGUCUUUCUGAUGUACUCUACAUACUAAUAGUCUAUAGGUUUAAAACAAAAGAAAGCUCCUAAUCUGAAAUACUUUAGUGCUUACACAACAGUAAGUUGAUAAUCUCACAUUGCCUGUCUGUGGACUACCAGUUUUAUUGUGUUUUUAUUUCAAUCUUGUAAAUAAUGAAAAUAAAUUAGACGAGGGUUGAAUUCUAUAAUCCAAAUUUUCUUACGCAGGACCCUAACCCCCCCCCCCAAAAAAAAAUCACUUUCUGCCCUUGAUGUUUCACCAAUCUCAAAUCCAAAGACACCCAGUACCCCUCUCCAAACACCCCGCUCACAUUUUGUUCUGUCCCAAUGAAGACAGCUCUUCCAAAGACUUCCCAAAAACGGGCGGGUCAAGUUGUUUUGUGCACUAGAUUUAGAACCCAUCAUCCUACCUUUUUUAGUACAAAGUGCAAUGAAUGAAAGGAACACACCUUACUUUUGGUUACGCUCUUGUGACCCACAAGAAGGUUGUGAAAUGUUUUGGGCUCAUUGUAUUGAAUAUUUAUCAUUCACUAUGGGCAGCAGAUGUUUAGGUUCCAACACAUUAUUACUCUCUAAAAUUUAGUCUGUUAAAAAUGUGAUAAAAACUGGUAUUUGGUGUGUGUAAAAAAAAAAAAAAAAAAAAAAAAAGAAAAAGGAAAAAAAAAGUAUAUUGUGAUUUCAAAACAGCGACCAAAACAGGGUAAUACAUAAUUUAUGUUUAGUAAAAGUCUAACACUUUAUGUUAGAAUCCAAAUAGGUUGACAUUUUGGAAAGAACACUUGUUUGUUUUUUUGCCAAGACUUAGAUGAAGAUCACUCUCUUUCUGCACCAUAGCUUAACAUAGAAUAAAGAGUGGAAACAGAGAGAAAUCUCAGAUAUAUAGCAUGGAAACAAGACUCAAGAAUCAUUGGCAUGUUUGCUUCAGCAUCAGCACCUCCAGUUGUGUAAGCCAGGGAUCAUGGCCAUGUUUUAGUCCAGUGAGUGGGACUACUCAGUUGGAGCUCCAGUCAAACAAUUGAUAGGCUUUGUUUCCUGUAUGUGAAAACAGCUCAGACUUGGAGCCCAACAGAUUAAAUUACUCAAUUAAAUUAAAUUACUCUUACCACUCGUGCUGCAGAGGCUGCUGUUGCUAAGUAAAAGUUACAUAGUGUUGCUUUAAAUGGUACAAAAACCAUGGCGUAAAAACAAUACACUGUGGGUUUUAGGGGGAGCUGGGCAUAGUGACUCCACAAUGACGAUGGGCGUCUUGGCAAGAAAGCAAAUUUCCCAAAAUGUCAGGGAUAGUCCUUCAAAGUCAUUAUUACCACCACUGCAGUCAGAUCAGUACAGAUGACUAUGUGGUUAGUGGGCAAGUGACAAUGAUAACCCCCCCCCCACCCCUUAACCCACAUAUUCAACCCUCUAAAGAAAUUAAAAUGAGUCAAUGCUUACUCUCCAAUAUCUAAUGAAAAUUUCGGGGAAGAUAUUUUGUCCCCACUAUUGUAAAUAAAAUUUAAAAAAGUGGGUUGGUGCAACAUAUCGUGUACCAGCCUGUAUCUAAGUACCUGAACUUUAGGAUGACAAAGGGAAUUUGAACACAUUGUCAAACUUGAGGGCAAUGCUGGGCCAAGCCAUGAAGAACUCAUGUCAGUUUAAAAUUCCUCUAUACACAUCUCACCUAAAUGCUAACUUCAGUCACAGAUUAUUGACAUUUUUAUAUCUAUGUAGAUGCCAUCACGCAGCAUCCCAGUGUGCUUGCUUGGCCCACAUGCCCUCAUUUCCCAAAACUCCCCCUCCUACCAAAAUCAGCUUCUUUCCUGCAACCUGAUAAGUUUUUUUUUUUAAUUUGUUGCCUUUUAACGAGAGUUUGCUAUGAUGUAUCAUAGAGUUGAUAAUAUUUGCACUUGAAUUGUUAUUGCUCAUGUAAAGAAAUGUCUGGAUUUUGUAUUGUCUUUUUAAAAUGAAUGGAAUUGGUGUUCUUAUUUUCUUGUAGCUUGUUUGUUCAUGAAAUGCUCACUCACCGUUUAGUCUAUAGAGAUGAUACACAUACAGUAACAUUAUCAACUGUAAAAAAAAAUAAAUAAAAAUAAAGCAAAAAAAAAAAAAAAAAACAAUGUACAGAGGUGAAUGAAACAAGUUUGUACUUGUUACUGCCCAAAACGCUUGUCAAAAUAAACUUACUGUACUUCA